AGUCACCGAAGUCGAGAUCGAGCGGAUGCUUACAAUCCCCUCACACCGCAGUUGGGACCCACGUUUGAAGACGGUACCGGCGUCUGGUUUAUACCUAGCGCGCGUAAAUUACACGCCUGAAGACAUCUCCACGUUUCAAGAAUGGUAGGCACCCGUGUGUUUGUCGGCAAUCUGCCGAGCGACGCGAACGAGCGCGACCUGGAGCGCUUUUUCCGUGGUUACGGACGCAUGCGCGAGGUGCUGCUGAAAAAUGGCUACGGUUUCGUCGAGUUCGACGAUCGGCGCGAUGCCGAAGACGCCGUGUAUGAGCUCAACGGCAAGAAACUCCUCGGCGUACGCGUUACCGUUGAGAAAGCCAAAGGCACGCCGCGUGGUAGAGAUCAAUACUCCUCACGGGAUAGAGACUAUCCCAGUCGGGAUUAUCGAGGCAGGAAUGAUCGUUAUGGUCCACCAACGCGCACCGCAUACCGACUGAUAGUCGAGAAUUUAUCAUCGCGAGUAUCCUGGCAGGAUCUGAAGGAUUAUAUGCGACAGGCUGGUGAGGUAACAUAUGCCGACGCGCAUAAAAAGCAUCGUAAUGAAGGUGUGGUGGAGUUUGCAUCCAGCGCGGAUAUGAAAAACGCGUUGGACACCUUGGACAACUCCGAAAUCAACGGAAGAAAAAUCAAGUUGGUCGAGGAUAAGCGCCAAAGCAGUCGUAGCAGUUCCUACAGCAGUAGAUCCCGGAGUAGGUCGCCUGCGAGAAAGUCCCGCAGCAGUUCCAGGUCACGUUCGCCGAAAAAGUCCAAGUCGCGCAGCGCAUCCAGGAAGAAAUCAGUCGAACGACGGGAGAGAAGUCGCUCGAAUUCAAGAAACAACAAGGAGGAGCGUCGAUCACGCUCGCCGGAACGCCGAUCGCACUCGCGGCCGAAGAGCGAAGAGCGCAGAAGUCGCUCGAAGUCAAAGUCGAGAUCGCCGAGGAGAGACGAGCGCGACGAACGUUCCCGAUCGCGUUCGAGGAGCGCGGAUCGGACGCGCAACGAGAAGAGUCGAUCGAAGUCGCGGUCUCGUUCGCCGAGUCGGUCCAGGUCGCGCUCACCGAGUCGCUCACGGUCAAGAUCUCGCGAUUAGGGCAGCGCACUCAACACUCGACUUGUACUUCCACAUCUUUUUAACUAGUAAUCAUAUUUUUAUACAUUUUUGUUUCAUAAUUAAGGCAUUCGAAGGGCGGAAACAGCGAAAAUAAAACACAUUUUCACACA